AUGGCGAGGACGCGGUCGUGGAACCCGAUUGCCUUCCUUCCACUUCAAGUCUCCAUCAUUGGCUCGGCUGUCUACAUUGCCCUAUUCGCCGUCCUGCUCUGGUUGGCCCACACCGUCCCCAGCGCGCCUUCGACAGCGACUCCAGCCGCAGGAAUCAACCUUACCCAGGCAUGGCUUGACCUCGAGCAGAUCAGCGAUGGCUAUCAUCCCUGGGGAAGUCGAAGAAAUGAUCUGGUGCGGGAGUAUCUGUUGAGAAGAGUUGGAGAGAUACUUGAGGGCGUCGAUCAUGAAACGGUGUAUGCUGUCAACGGGACUUUCAAGAGAGCAGGGAGAGAAAGAGCACAGGAGACAUUGGUGACUGUUUUUGCGAACGAUACGAGCAAUUUCACUGCGUGGGACGAUUGGACGAAGAGGUGCGUACAGUUAGUUCGCGGAGUGGGAAUACCGUGCCUUGGGAGUCGGAGAGCUGGGUCUUCUAACACGGGCAGCUUGAUAGGCCAUACACCCUGUACGGCGAGUCGGAGAACAUCAUCGUCUAUAUCCGUGGACAGGACGACAGAGCGGGAGAGUGGUGGAACGAGACCGCACCCUAUGAGGGAGCGAGCGGCGUUCUGGUGUCUGCCCACUACGACAGUGUCGCCUCAGGCUUCGGUGCCACCGACGAUGGAGUGGGAGUCGUCACGAUUCUGCAGCUCAUUUCCCACUUCACACGGAAGGGCAAUCGACCCAAGAGGGGCGUCAUUGCCCUCAUGAACAACGGCGAGGAGAACGGACUGUAUGGUGCCAGGGCUUACGUCCACCAUCCUGUCGCGCAGUUCGCCCAUACCUUUGUGAAUCUCGAAGGCGCGGGAGCCGGUGGACGUGCAAUGCUGUUCCGAAGCACCGAUACUGAAGUCACCAAGGCUUACCAAGGCAGCCCCCUCCCAUUCGGCUCUGUCAUCACCGGUGACGGUUUCAAGCAAGGCUUUGUAAGGAGUGGAACUGACUAUUCCGUCUUCACCGAGGAGCUAGGGUUGCGAGGACUUGACAUUGCUUUCUUUGAGCCGCGGGCGAGAUAUCAUACAGACCAGGAUGACACGAGAGAUACGGGCCCCGAGAGCGUGUGGCACAUGUUGUCGGCAUCGUUGGCCACAAUGCAGUCUCUGACCUCACAUGAGGGUAACGAGGUAUGUACUUUGCCGCACAUUAGGUCACAAGCUAAUGUUUCGCACAGUUCGAAGGCUCGAUGGAAAAGGAGACGGGCAAAGUCGACACUGGAUCUCGAAGCAACGCUGUCUGGUUCGAUCUGUUCGGCCGUGUCUUCGCCGUCGGCCAGCUCAAUACGCUAUUUGCUUUCUCGGUUACAUUACUCGUGAGUCUCAUAAUUCGUUUCCACGUGUCGUCCACCAAUUCACGGCGUGGCGAUGAAUUUCUUUUUUCGCCCACAUCUAACAUGACGGCCUGCUCGACUUCUAACCAUCGCGUAGGUCGCCGGACCCAUUAUUCUGAUACUCUUGGAGGUUCUCAUCCGACGCAGCGGCAAGUGGUACCCAUUGGGAGGCAAGAAAUACCUCCACAGCCAAGACGAUGAUGAUGCGGUCCGAUUGCACGGUCGCCGUGGCUUCUUCCGCUUCCCACUGGCCUUUGUCGUAGCCACUGCGGUUGUUAUGGCACUAGCCUAUCUAGUGACAAAGGUCAAUCCUCUGAUCUUGUACAGCAGCGAAUAUGCUGUGUGGGCCAUGAUGAUCUCCGGCUGGUUCGCAGUCGCUUGGUUCUUCCUGGCUGGAGCCGCCGAAGUCCGACCUACCGCGCUCCAUCGCAUGUUCGUUCUCAUCUGGCUCUAUGUGAUCUCGUGGAUACUGUUGGUAUUGGCCACAGUAGGAGAGCACACCCUUCAGCUGGCUGCUGGCUACUUCCUAGUCAUCUACAAUGCUUCCGUCUUUGUCGCUCUCCUGAUCUCCUACCUGGAGCUGUGCGCAUUGCCAAAGAUCUCAAAGUAUGUCGAGCAUGUGCUUGGAGUGCAGGUGCAAGACGAUGCGUCCACUCGGCCUGGCAGCCGAUCUUCACGAAGGCUCUUGGACGAUGCGCGCGACGAUGGGGAACCGAACGAACGAACGUCUCUUCUCUCGGGCGGCACCCGCGCCAACCAAAAUACCUUCACAGGUCUCAGUCGUCGGAGACCAGACCGCGAUGAGGUCCCGGAGGACACUGAUGAUCCAUUCCUGAACCGCGCAUACGAAGACGAGCAGGCCUGGUCCAGCUCUCUCCCACAAUGUACUUGGUUUCUCCAGUUCUUAGUCUUGGCUCCAAUCAACAUCAUCAUCGUCGGGCAGAUCGCUCUGAUCCUAACGGCUUCGCUGCAUCAGACUCCGGCGGAUGGCAAUCCAGUACUACCGCCUUAUCUCUUCUUCGCGAUUUUGACGGUGCUGCUACUGUUGCCGCUGUCGCCAUUCUUGCACCGCUUCACAUUCCACGUACCGACGUUCUUGCUCCUGGUGUUCGUCGGAUGCCUGGCUUACAACCUGACGGCUUUUCCAUUCUCGAGAGAAGCCAGGAUGAAGUAUUACUUUGUCCAGGAGAUGGAUUUGAAGACUGGACAGAACAACGUUACUUUGAGCGGACUCGAUGGGUUCUUGCAAGAUAUCAUCGGCGAAAUGCCCAGCUCGGCCGGGCAGCCUGUGAAUUGCGGUGACACUUCGGCUGCGAACAGGAAAGGACUGAUUAGCUGCCAAUGGUCUGGCCUGACGGCCAAUGUUGUACCAGAAGACUAUCUCGCGCUCACCAAAAACUCGUCCUUGAGCUAUCAGGACUGGCUUGAUGUCAACACCACGCACAAUGGAAGUAGCGCCCUCAUCACCCUUCGUGGCCUGAGUACCAAGCAAUGCCGCCUCCGCUUUGACAAUCCCGUCUCCGAAGUGCUCGUCGAAGAUGGAGCGACGGAUCCUCGACAACAGCCUGUUCCAGAGGGGGGCAGUACGCAAGUGCGCAUGUUCUCGCGCACCUGGGACAAAGUCUUCCAAGUCAACGUUACCUGGGACGGAACGCAAUCGGCCAAGGGCCAAAAGGGUCGAGCGGAGUGUAUGUGGGCGGAUGCGAAUUCCCCGGGGAUCAUCCCGGCCUUUGAUGAAUUGAAGCGAUUCGAGCCCGUCUGGAGCGUGGCUACGAAGAACGACGAUGGACUUGUGGUUGGUUUCAAAGACUUUGAGGUCUGA